AUGCGGUCGCUUGUCUCGAUCAGCGCCUUCGUUGGCGGUGCUCUCGCUCAGAGCGGUGCCUGGGGCCAAUGCGGUGGUCAAGGCUGGACUGGCUCGACGACAUGUGUUUCUGGCUACACUUGUGUAUACUCCAACCCGUGGUAUAGCCAAUGUCUGCCGGGUACUGCGGGCACCACCACGACAACCUCGUCUACCACUCUCGUCACCUCCACAAAGACGAGCACCUCCAAGGCCUCCACGUCGACCACGAGCAGCCCGCCUGCCUCGGGAGGGUGGAAGUGGAUCGGGGUGGACGAGUCGGGGGCCGAAUUUGGACAGGGCAGCAUCCCCGGCACAUAUGGAAAGGACUUCAUAUUCCCGGCGGAGUCGACCAUCGAUACGCUAAUGAGCCAAGGCUACAACAUCUUCAGGAUCCCCUUCCUGAUGGAGCGGAUGGUGCCAGACACACUGACAAAUGCGCUGAACGCGGCGUACCUGCAGAACUACACGCAGACGGUCAACUACAUCACCAACAAGGGGGGUUAUGCGGUGGUCGACCCGCACAACUUUGGGCGGUACUACGGCAACAUCAUCAGCGACGCUUCGGGGUUCCAGAGCUUCUGGAACAAGCUGGCGGCGGUGUACAGCAGCAACUCCAAGGUCAUCUUUGACACGAACAACGAGUACCACGACAUGGACCAGACGCUGGUGCUGAACCUCAACCAGGCGGCGAUCAACGGGAUCCGGGCGGCGGGGGCCACGAGCCAGUACAUCUUUGUGGAGGGCAACUCGUACUCGGGGGCGUGGACGUGGAGCUCGGUCAACGACAACCUCAAGGCGCUGACGGAUCCCCAGAACAAGAUUGUGUACGAGAUGCACCAGUACCUGGACUCGGACGGCUCCGGCACCUCGGACGCCUGCGUGUCCGGGACGAUCGGCGUGGAGCGGGUGUCGAGCGCGACGACGUGGCUCCGGGCCAACGGCAAGCUCGGCGUGCUGGGCGAGUUCGCCGGAGGAGCCAACUCGCAGUGCAUGCAGGCGGUCAAGGGCAUGCUCGACCAUCUCAAGUCCAACAGCGACGUCUGGACCGGCGCCCUGUGGUGGGGAGGCGGGCCCUGGUGGGGGAACUACAUCUACAGCUUCGAGCCGCCGAGUGGCACUGGCUAUAGCUACUACAACUCCCUGCUCAAGACCUAUGCUGCUUAA